UCCAUCCAGCCAUACUGCAGAGACUGCUUGUUCCCAGAGACCCUCAGAGCUCCAGGACACCCAGUCUCUCUGCUGCCUGCAGCCCCGACACAGCAGCCCCGACACGGACACAGACCCUCGGCCUGAUCCCCCCCACCUCCUCCUGGAGCUCCAACGCCUGUUUGGAUUACUAAUGGAUGGGAAAAAUAGCGUUACGUUUUAAAGUGGGAAACCUGGGGGUAUUGGGAAUUUAAAAACAGAAUCCUGAGAAGAGGAGAAGAAGAAGAAGAAGAAGAAGAAGAAGAAGAAGAAGAAGAAGAAGAAGAAGAAGAAGAAGAAGAAGAAGAAGAAGAAACCUUUAUCCUGUCUGGACUACAAACUUAUUUAAAAUCUCGUGGAUGUCUUAACAAACAUCAGCGUUUCUUCAUCAUCUAGAAACGUUCUAAAACGCUGGUAGACUUCUAGUAAACAGCUGCUAACUUUGGUGUAUUUCAACCAAAAUAUUUCCUGGAAUUGUCGAAUUUACCCAACAAAAUAUUGUCUUUUUGUUGGUUCCCAGAAACUCUGAACUCGCUCUGCGUCUGGCUGAAAGGUUGAUCAUUUUGUCCCUGAAUAUUGGGACACUUUGGAAACAUUUCUUGAAUUUUAAUUAAAGCUCUGCACUAUUAUUCUGUUGUCCGGUUUUUUAAAUCACAAAAUUUUAAUUCUGCAUCAUGGCGUCGUCUAUCGCUCUGUGGUUGUGUCUGUACCUGCCGUUGCUGUUUACGGACGCAAAGAGCGUCGGACAAAGUGACAGUCAGAGCGACUUCCUCGACAAACCCUCAUCCCUCGUCAAACUGGAACCUCUCUGGAUCACCAAGCUCAGGACCGGGGACGACACUUUCCCCCCCAACCAGAGCCUCCCCCUCCCUGAGAUGCUGGAUCUAGACGUGGACCAGCACCGCCGCCAAGCCCGCAGCACCGACGAGGAGGAGCAACAGUCCACCUUCAGUCAGUCCUUCGAGAACGACUCUGUGACGGCGCCACAGGCCACCGAGUUUGACAACGGGACCAAAGUGGGCGCAGUAGACAACAAUGAUAACAAUCUCAAUAUCUACGGAAACGGCUCUAACUCCGAUGCCCCGGGACUCUUCAACCCCUUCUACCCGCUGGCGGAGAGCUCGUAUGCGGCCUAUGCCGUCCUGUUCCUGGCCGGCCUGGUGCUGUCGUUGGGCGUGGUGGGAAACAUGGCGGUCAUGUGUAUCGUCUGGAACAACUACUACAUGAGGUCCUCCUGGAACUACCUGCUGGCCAGCAUGGCAUUCUGGGACUUCCUGGUCCUGGUAAUCUGCCUACCUGUGGUGGUCCUCAACCAGUUGUCCCAUAGGAGGAUCCUGGGUGACAUCACCUGCCGCAUGGUGCCUUAUAUGGAGGCCGUAUCUCUGGGCAUCACCUCCUUCACUCUGUGCGCUCAGGGCAUCGCUCGUUUCCACGCCGCCACCUCCUCGUCCCAGCCGAAGGUUCGGCUGGUGGAGCGCUGCCGCUCUGUGCUGCUGCAGCUGCUGUUCGUGUGGCUCGCCGCUCUGCUGCUGUCCAGCCCCGAAAUCUUCCUGUGGCAGCUCAGCCAGGCCGUGUCCCCGUCCACCGGCCUGCUGGUCGACUCCUGCACCAUCACACCCUCCUCCCCUCUGUCCCUGUACCUGCCCGACUCCCUCCACUCUCUGUUGCUCAGGUAUCACCAGGGUCGUAUGUGGUGGUGCUUUGGCUGCUACUUUUGCCUCCCCAUCCUCUUCACCGUCCUCUGCCAAAUGGCCACCCGCAACGUCAACAGCGACUCCAGCUCCACCCAAAAGCAGCGCAACCAUGACGACCGCUCCACCAAUCAGAAGCGUCAGCAGCACCAGGCGGUGGAGCGGCAGCUGAACUGCACUCUGUUGGCGUUGGCGGUGGUUUACGGCGUCUGCGCUCUGCCCGAACACGUCUGCAACAUCACACUGGCCUACGCACACAUCACCAUCUCUGAGGAAACGGCCACCAUGCUGGCACUGUUGCAUCACUUCCUGUUGUUCUUUAAGUCAUCGGUGACACCGGUGCUGCUGCUGUGUCUGUGCAAGGCUCUCGGUCAGGCCUUCAUGGACUGCUGCUGCUGCUGCUGUCAGGAGUGUCAGCCGACCUUGACUCAAGGCUCGCCAAGCUCCGCCCAGGUCAAACUGAAGGCAGCCAAUGAGACAUCCAUCUUCUUCGAUAAGGCUAAAGAAACCUCGGCCAUCUUGUCGAUCUCCAGCUAGAGCCUUCCAUCAUCUCCUCCUCCAUAAAUCAACCCUCUCCAUUCAUCACUUAUUUCUACCGUUCAACACUGUUUCUCCUGCAUCCUUAGUUUCCGUUAACCCAUCAGUUUCCUUUCUCCUCUCUCUUUUCCAGAUCACUUGUGGAUAAACAUUCAUCUUUUCUUUAUUUUUCUUUCUCAUCUUUCAGAGUUUCCAUUUGUAUGAUAUUCCUCUAUGGACACAGUGUUACCCCCUCCAGCUUCCUGUCUGUGCAGGAAGUGAUGUUUAAUCCUUAGUGAUAUUAGAAAAGUUGCUGUACUUGCACAACCAGCUGUUGUAAAAGCAGGAGCCUGUUUCAGGACCCUCCAAAUGGACUCUUCCCUCCAACUUCCUGCUGUAAUAAUGUAUGAUAUGAAUAUCCAGGAUGUCUUCUUUGGUUGUUCUGAAGCUGAAUGUGUUUUAUGGGAAAGUAGCUGAUACAUACCGCCUAAAUUAGCAGCAGUUUAAACUCGUCACAGUAGCUAGUUCGAGAACACAAAGAAGCUGCUUUGAAGCUCUAAAGAUGCAACACAAAAUGUUUUUGGUUAAACGUACUGGAGGAUCAAGUUUGUAACUUCUUAGGAUCGGUAACUAUUAAACCUAACUGGCUAAAAAGAGUGUGCAUUUGACGCAAUGUAUAUUGAAAUGACUACGACUUGUUUUAAACACAAGCCGUGGGUCCAAGGGACAGUGAUGCUGGUCCAUCUGUCAAACUAUCAGUGCCUGAUAAGUUAACAUCUAUGGACAGCUAGUAGCUAUAUGACAACUAUUUCCUCAGACUUGAUGGUCUAUAGAGGAUGAUUCGUAGAUGUUUUGGUGACAUCUUUACCUUUCUUCUUGCAAAAGAAGAUGAAACCCCUUUCACACAUGCCCUGCCACCCUAAACUAAUCUAGACUUUACCCGGGGAAGCUAUAUGUGAGAACGCAAAUGUCCAAAUCAUACGGUCCGGACAUUAAACAGACUUAACCCUGCCAGCUCCCCAGUAAAAAGUCUCUGUAAUGUCCGAUUUAACCCAAGUCUAAAUAGAGGCACUUAAUGUCCGGAGAAUUCAUGGCAAGCGAGUGAGCAAGUCGAUGACGUUACUAUCGCGGCUGGCGUAGAACCAGAAGAAAACAAACAUCCAAGGGUGAAGGAGGGGGGUCAUUUACACGAAAGAUUUCGCGAAAAUGUCUAAAUGGAAAGACAACAAGAUUCGGGAACUUUUGUCUGUAAGGGCCGACGCCAGAUAAACUCAUGGAGCGCAAGAGACUCGGUUGAUGACCAAAUUACUAACCAACUGCAUGACCUUAGUGUAAUGUGAGAACGCGUCUGACAUGGAGAAUCUCCUGCUGUGUCCUACAUGUGUGAAAGGGAAACUACGGACAAUGUGCAGAACUGAUUCUGCACAUUGUACGGAGUUCAGAUGAGAAAACGGCUCCAACCAAUCAGAGCUUUGCAGGCUGGAAAGAAGAUGUCUUUAUCUGCUAGCUAACUAUGGAUUAGAUUGACGCAGCUGUACAGGUUAUAGAAUAAGUCAUUUCUGCAAUUUGUGUUUCUGUGAAGAAUGUGUGAAUGUUUCUGAAAGGGAAAAAAGUGGUGAAGUGGGGGAAGGGAGGAGAUUUGAACACGACUCGGACCUUUUCAGUACUGAGGCGGUCUCUUUGUACAGGAAGUUAAACUGUGUAGGAGGUUUUACAGUUUAUUAAUAUGUCUUUAGCACAGUGCUUUCACUCAGACUGUCAAACAACUAGAACAAAAACGAAUAAACAGAAGAUACGAAUGUAGCUUAUUUUAAUGUUAGAUCUACAACUAAUUACAUCUUUAUAUGAAGGGACGUGAGAUAGUAAUUUUUUAUGUCACAAAACUGUUUAUGUCUUUGUUAUGUUCAGUGUCACAAUGUUAAAUUCAUAUAAAUUUGUGUCAGAGCCGACUGUGCCUUAUUGUUUCCUCAGCCCUCAGCUCGGACUGCCAGUGUCUCAAUCAACAGAUGAUGAAACAAUAGUACAAGUCAGACUAACUUCACUUUCACACUGUGAGCAGCUCAUUCAAACAAGUUUUCACCAAAACGUAUCUCUAUCACUGAAUUGUCACUUUUUAUUCGAAACAUGCCCCGUCAGUAAACUGUUGUUCUCUUUACUAAUGCAAAAAUGGAGCGAGAACUAACAUAUAUUAUUACAGGCUGUGAUUAGUUUUAUCUCAAGAAAUCACACAGAAGCCUUUUAGAUUCGGCAACAUGUAUUGAAAAGGUGUCUUGUCUUAAUUGAGGCCGUGGAGGCAACGUUAGAAAACUGAACCUGAAUUCAAACAGAUGACAUAUUACUAAGUGACAGUGAACCAGGUGGAGCUGGAAAGCCAACGGUACACAAAUAUUAGCAUCUUUCCUGAUUUCAUAUAUUAUGUUGCAAAAAGACAUUUUUAUGAUUCCCCCUUUUGGCUUCAAUUCAAUAGCUGUAAUGUUCCCAAUCCUCAAAGUGGAACAACAACAUAUCUUCUAUAUUUGGGUCCCAUAGUAACCGCCAUACAUAUCAACAACAUAUGAACCACAGUGUUUUUCAAUAACACAGGAAAAAGAUAAUAAAUGUAGAACAAGUAAAAUCCCCAAUGUUGCGGUAGGUUUGACCAGAACGUAAUAAUCCACCGGUGGAACAUAAUUAGAUCCUUCCAGAAGACUUUCAUUUAUAUUUGAUAUUCAGCACUUUGACAGUGACAUGUUCUCACUUGGGUCAAGUCCCACUGGUGUCAUGUUGGAGUUGUAAAUGUGAUUGAAGUUGACAUUAAGUGCAUGGCUCCUCUUUCAUAACUUUUUAAUAAAGGGACAGUCCACACAAAAACAAAUUAACUUUAGUGCCUGUCUUCUAUCUUUCUUUUAAAGUGUCUCUGCAGGUUGUUUUUAUCUUGUGAACAAGGCAUAAACCAACCGAUCGGAUGUAGAAGUGGUAAUUUAUAAAUAAAGCUGUGCAAUUUAAACUGCA